AAUUGCUUAAAUCAUAGGGAUGGAUAAUAUAUACAAAUUCAAGGCGAGCUCUUCAGUGGGACAUCUGAAGAAUUUGAAUAACGACAAAUAGUUUUAUUCUGAAGAGGAAACCAGCAAAAAGGAGGAGGAGGAGAAACAGCUGAAAAAAGUUAGCAAACCCCCUAGUAAAAUGUCUCAAUUCAGCAAAAACGCUACAGGGUACUAAACUGAUGAUUCUGACAAAGAGACGCCUCGAAAUAAUAAAGUAGGACCCUCAAGUAAAAUAAUCGUGAAAAAUGUUAGAUCAGAAGGUCUCUAAAUUUCGUAAUCUUGUGAAUGCAAAAAAAAUUGAGGGAGACAACGACGAUCCCAAUUAUGACGAUGAUGAUGACAAGCCAACAACCAUCCAAUAGUAAAUGCAACAUGUGCAAUAAUAAAAUGAGGAUCAAUACGAUAUAGAGCAGUAAGCAAAAUAGAUGCAGUAAAAAUAUGCAAAAGUAGAUAAACCAAAGGAGAGCAAGAUGAAGUACAUCAUAUUUAUGAAGUUACAUCUAGACACUCUAACACUCAGUAAGCAAUGGAUGUGAAUUCUGAUGUUGAACAGAUGAAAAACAAAUAACACCAGGAGGGUAAAUUGAAGAAUCAUCCCUUUCGACAUUUGAUAUACGGUCCAAGUAUUGGUGAGAAUUCGUUUAGCAAAUUUUUAUAACUCACUCAACGAGGUUUAGUAUAUGCCAAGAAAUGUCUCAAGGGUCCUUCUGAUAAGUUUAUAAAGUCAAAAAUGGUAUAAUUGCCAGAAUGUGUUAUUGUGAAGCCAAAGACUUUGUUGUUGGAUUUGGAUGAAACCUUGAUCCACAGUUGUUCUCAAAGGGAAAAUCCACAAGUCACAGUAACUGCAUUUGGAGACUAUGGUGAAGAAGCCAAAGUAAUAUUUAUUAGUUAUUUAGAUCCAUUUCAAUAUUAGACCAUUUUGUGCUUGGUUCUUGCAAUAAAUGAGUCAAUUGUACACCAUCUAUGUCUUUACUGCCUCCUCAUCUGCCUAUGCCAAUGCAAUAGUGAAUUAUUUGGAUCCCAAACGACAAUGGAUUUUAGGAAUUCUCUCUCGUGGAAAUUGUAUGGAAACAAAGAAUGGGUUCUUUAUUAAAGAUUUGAGAAUUGUUGGCAAUAAACAAUUGAAGGAUAUGGUGAUUGUUGACAAUCUGGCUCAUUCCUUCGGAUUCCAAAUUGAAAAUGGUAUUCCCAUCUUAGAAUGGCACAACGAUUAAAAUGAUUAAGAACUUAAAUACUUGGCCACCUAUUUGAUGGAAGCAGCUGAUUAAGAAGACAUCAGAGUGUUCAAUACAUAGAGGUUAAAAUUGGAUCAACUUAUCGAAUAUAGUUUAGAAUGA